GGUAACUCAGCUUGUCUGCAUGUGUUUGUGUUUUGCAUCCCUUUCAUAAUUUCCUUCUGCAGAAUAAACACACAACAGACUGCUAUUAAUUCUGAAAUGCUGUACAGAAUAAAGAGCGUGUUUCUUUCUCUCUCAGGGAGCGUCCGCUUUGUUCGAUAUGAUAGAGUACUAUGAAUCCGCCACUCAUCUCAAUAUCUCCAGCAACAAGCACAUCGGCACACGCGGCUGGCAGGCCGCCGCGCACAUGAUGAGGAAGACGAGCUCUCUGCAGUACCUGGAUGCUCAUAACACCCCGCUGCUGGACCAUUCGGCUCCGUUCGUGGCCAGAGCUCUGCGGAUCAGUGGCAGUCUGACCGUCCUGCACCUGGAGAACGCCGGCAUCUCAGGACGACCGCUGAUGCUGCUGGGUAAUGACUAGAAAAACA